GGCAAGAUUUGUGAGUUGGAGGCAUCCUACAGCAUAUUCCAUAGAUGGUGCCUUGUAUCCUGCUGAGGCACUAUCUUAUGCUUAGUAGUACCAACACACCUAUUUUAAUUUGGAAUGGUGCAAUCUGUGCCUUUGGUGUCUCUUGUGUUUCAGAGUUGACAUUGACAUCCCCUGAACUCAAUGUGAAUGAAUGAUAGUAUUUCUUCACUUGUUGUAAAAUGCAUUAGAAUCUUUCCCAUUGAACACACAUUUUGUGGCAUGAAAUUACCCAGCUUCUUCCAAAUACAAUAUUGUGUCCUUUUGCAGGUAAACCCAAGAUAAUGGAGCUCCAAAUGGAUAGAAGAUUCCACAACUUGACCCUGGAGCAAGUCCAGACUCUGGACCAGGUGUUGACAGAGGUGAUCCACAUCCACGGCCGAGGGAACUUCCCCACCCUGGAGGUGAGACCCAAGGACAUCAUCCACGUAGUGAAGGACCGGCUAGUGGAGAGGGAGAUCAGGGUCAGGGACAUCCGCCUCAAUGGCUCCACCGCCAGCUAUGUGAUGGUCAGGGACAACGGCACGGGCUACAGAGACCUGGACAUCAUCUUUGGAGUGGAGCUGCCCAGACAGGAGGACUUCCAGGUUAUCAAGGAGGUGGUGCUGGGCAGCCUGCGUGACCUCCUUCCCCGUGGGGUCAACAGACGCAAGAUCACCUGCCUCACCAUGAAGGAGGCCUACGUACAGAAGAUGGUCAAGGUCUUCAAUGAGCACGACCGCUGGAGCCUAAUCUCACUGUCCAAUAACAGGGGUAAGACUGUGGAGCUCAGGUUCGUAAAUUCCCUGCGACGACAGUUUGAAUUCAGUGUGGACUCCUUCCAGAUUAUAUUGGACCAUAUGCUGGAGUCAUAUUGGGAGACUGAGAGGAGGCAAGAGGGUCAGUGUGAGGGAUUGGAGUUACACAAUGGCAAUGUGUUAUAUCUGGAUAGAGGGGCAGAGAAAACCAUAAUGGAACCCCAGUACCCUUCCACCUCUGUGAAUCUAAAAGAAGAUAAAGACAAUGACUCAAUGAUGACACACUUCACUGACAGUCUGUGCCACAGUGAAGAGGUUAUUGUUCAAAAGGAAGAAUCAUCGCAUCCUAUGGAUGUGCAUGCAACUGGAAUGCAAGAGGAACAGGAAGUGUUAGAGAAAGCAGAGCUAGACCUGGGAUCUCUGGAGGACGAGGAAGAGGUAGAAGAGGAGGUGGUGGUAACGGUUGAUACAGUAAAAAUACAAUUUGUUCAGAAUACAGAUUACCUCUCAGUUAUAUCCUCCAAAACAAUGACAGAAGAGAUGGAACCUCUGGUGCCAAAUACAUCUGUAGACCCUCAAAAUAACACAGAGGAGUCAUUAAUUUCUGAGUCAAAAGACAUCAAUUCAUCCCCCAUGUUGCUCACAGCGAACUCAGCACUGCAACAAGAGCAAGCUCAACUUCAGGUGAUACUUCAAUCCACAUCCCAAGACUGCACUGCUGUCACACAAAACAUACACCUUGAACAUGCAUUCCUUCCCCCAGCCAAGAAAACCUAUGACACAUCCCAGCAAGUUGUCCCUGACUUUUGCCCCUCACCUAAAUCUCUAAGGAAGAUGUCACGAAAGAUGAGCAGCACUUCAUCACUCCCUGAAAAAUGGUCUUUGUUAAAAGAUCUGUCAGAUCUUACAACACAGCUGUUUGAGCCUAUAGAAAUACUCCCAACAAUACAACCAAAUCCCUCUUUAAUAGACACUGAUCAAGGCCAUUAUUCAUCCUCCUCAGGGUCCAGACAGAGGAACUUAGAGAGCACUAAAACACUCACAGAUCACCUUACUCCAGCUGUUUCAUCCCAAGAUAAAAACAUAUCACCCCACAACAUAGAACAAAUAGUCAGAGUGAAAUACUCAAAAAAGCCUCCCGACUCAGAAGUUARUCAGGAAUCAGUGUCCCUUCAAACCACAGGGGACAGAGUCCCAGAGUCUGAGCCUGCUGCUGCUCAGGAACCAGGGCCACCAGACACAACCACAGUCUUUCCAGGGCCAAGCUCGGCCUUAAAAGACAGGGUCAGCAUCACUGUGGUAGCAGAGUGCAUGUACGGUGACUUUGAGCAAGCCAUGGAUCACCUGCGCUUCCGACUCAUUGCCACCCAUAACCCAGAGGAGAUCAGAGGAGGUGGACUUCUGAAGUACAGUGACCUGCUCGUGAGGAACUUCAGGCCAGCCAGUGAGACAGAGAUCAAGUCCCUUGAGCGUUACAUGUGCUCCCGCUUCUUUAUUGACUUUCCUGACCUCAGCGAGCAGCAGCGCAAAAUCGAGGCCUACCUGCGCUGCCACUUUAUUGGCGACGAGGAGAUGAGCAAAUAUGACUUUCUGAUGACCCUGCGUCGGGUGAUAGAUGAGAGUACAGUGUGUCUGAUGGGACAUGAGCGGAGGCAGACACUCAAUAUGAUCACUGUGCUGGCUCUGAGGGUGCUGGGGGAACAGAAUGCCAUUCCCAAUACUGCCAACGUCACCUGCUUCUACCAGCCUGCACCUUACAUGGCUGACCCCAUAUUCAGCAGCUACUACAUUCCCCAGGCAGCACAGCCCCCCCUCCUUUACCACCCCUACCCUUUACAUGUCCACAUGCAGACCGGCCUGGUGUAGGUCCCAGCAUGUGAGUGGGGGAGAGCAUGCAGGCUGCGUUCUAUAUGGUUCUACUCUGUAACCAGAGGCACAAAAUAGAUUUUAAAAAGAAAACAGGCUGCAUGAGCACAGUUUGUUCAAUGCUUUGAAAAGACACUGCCUAUGAUGUGAGAGACAGUGGACACAGAAUAGGGAGGAUUGGAGUUCUUUAGAUAAAGGCUGGCCACCACGACACCGUACAUUUUUGUUUUGAAUGGGAGAGAGAAUAGCUGUGAGGGAAAAUGUCAGAGGGAAAGAACCGUUUACAUGGUUGUUUCAGCUGCAUCAGCAGGGCAGGCAGGCAGGCUUUGGCCGUGUUCAAGAGCAUACAAUCUGUGAUGCAUUGUGGGUAAAUGUUGACUGAAUGAUUUACAAAUAAUAAUGAGUAGGUAUUUAUGAUGCAAAAUUAGUUGUAGAUCUGUCGGCUGCAAUGUCAAACAAGUCCUUUGUCACCUUCCUGUGACGGGGGAUCCUAGAUUGUCAAUUAAUGAGAAAGUUGUUUAACAUCACAGAAAUACUGUAUGAAGUGUAAACCGAGCGUUUCUUAUAUUAUUAACUGGGUGGUUCGAGUCCUGAACGCUGAUUGGCUGACAGCCAUGGUAUAUCAGACCAUAUACCACAGGUAUGA